AUGGAACAAAGGCGGGGUUUUCGAAUCACGACGUGGAAUGUCUUCCAAGCGCUCUAUGCCAACGUGAACCAGGAAUCCAUUCGGGUAUCAGCCAUGGCGUCAAGAAAGGACGCUAUGUUCGAAAUCCUCGAAGCAGACAUUGUGGUCAUGCAAGAAACGAAGAUCCAGAGAAAAGAUCUCACGGAUGAUAUGGUUCUUGUUCCCGGUUGGGAUGUGUUCUUUAGUCUUCCUAAACACAAGAAGGGAUACUCUGGGGUUGCAAUCUACACGCGAAAUGCAGUCUGCGCUCCCAUUCGAGCCGAGGAAGGCAUCACCGGCAUACUCACCCCUCCCAACUCCACGACCAGCUUCCGUGACCUCCCCGAAGACCAACAGAUUGGUGGAUACCCUACCGGCAGCCAGCUCUCGGAAGCCCCUGUUGAUCCUGUGACACUCGACUCCGAAGGACGUUGCGUGAUUCUCGAGUUCCCGGCUUUUGUUCUCAUCGGUACCUACUGCCCAGCAAAUAGUAGCGAUGCCCGUGAUGACUUCCGAAUUGGCUUCCUGAAUGCUCUGGAUGCACGGGUGCGGAAUCUCGUGGCAGCUGGCAAACGGGUGUUUUUGACUGGGGAUGUUAACAUCUCUCGCAACGAACAGGACACUGCUAAACUGGAUGAGCAGCUGAAAAAGCAGGGGAUCACGGUGGAAGAUUAUUUCUCGAGCCCUGCGAGACGAAUGUUCAACCAGCUGUUGGUAGGAGGGAAAGUCAUUGGUGAGAGGGACGAAGGAAGAGAAGAGUCAGUGAUGUGGGAUAUUUGCCGGUCAUUUCAUCCAACUCGCAAAGCCAUGUACACGUGCUGGGAGCAGAAGAUUAAUGCUCGACCCGGAAAUUUUGGGUCACGAAUUGAUUAUGUUCUCUGUAGCAAGGAUUUCAAAGACUGGUUCUGCGAAUCUAACAUCCAGGAGGGAUUGAUGGGCUCUGAUCAUUGCCCGGUCUACGCGGUUUUCAAGGACAAGGUGGAAAUUGAAGGAACCGAGGUUGACAUUAGAGAUCUCAUGGGCUAUGGCAUGUUCGUUCGCGGCAACAGAGAGCGAGAAUGGUCUACCAAGGAUCUCUUGCCUAUGUCUGCGAAGCUGAUCCCGGAGUUUGAUCGGCGUCGUAGUAUCCGCGACAUGUUCACGAAGAAGCCUUCCUUAUCAACAAAAGAGAGUUCUUUCUCGAAUGCUGGUUUAUACAAGGAGGAGAGCACUGGCAAGACGACGAUGACAGAGGAAAUCCCUCGAAAACAAAACCUCUCACCCAACGGACCCCGAGAUACGAAAACCCCUCCACCAGUAGACUCUACUAUACUAUCACAACGGAAGAAAACGCCCAUGAAAAGCCCGGCUAAGGCAUUUAUAGCCAGCCCUACCAGAUCAUUAGCUGCAAGCUCUUCCACGUCAAGCAAUAAACGACCAAGUGAAGCAAGCAGUAGCACAGCCAAACCUCCGAAGCGUGUGAAGUCCGGGGCAUUUUCAAAGACAGCCACAACAUCUAAAGCGCCACCAGGGAGGGGACAAAGUAGUCUCAUCGGAUUUUUCAGACCCAAGAAUCCACAACCAGCCGAACAAAUACAAAGUCAAACUAUGUUGAAUGAAGAUUCCAAGACGACGAAUGAGACAGCAUCAUUUGAUACACCCGCGCUUAGGCCAAGUUUCGUGAAGUCGACGGAUCCUUCAGUUCAGAAUUCAGAAAGCGUGAUAGCCAGCAAGGAGGUUGAACCAGCUGAACAGAAAGAUAUCAUUGAUCCAAUUGUUGCUAAAGAGUCAUGGUCGAAACUUUUGACAAAGCGGGUUGUCCCAAAGUGCGAUCAUGGCGAGCCUUGCGUCAGCUUUUUAACGAAAAAGCCAGGGGUGAACUGCGGAAGGUCUUUUUACAUGUGUCCAAGGCCGUUGGGGCCUUCUGGGAAGAAGGAAAAAGAUACCCAGUGGCGCUGUGGGACGUUUAUAUGGAGUAGUGAUUGGACUAAGGAUGGCUCAUGA